CGUCAAGGAGAGAGUGCCAACAUGGCGUUUACUCUGUAUUCUCUAAUUCAGACUGCAAUUUUGUGUACAAAUGCAAUUGCAGUGUUACACGAAGAAAGAUUCCUCAGCAAAAUCGGAUGGGGAGCUGACCAAGGCAUCGGCGGUUUUGGAGAUGAACCAGGCAUUAAAGCACAACUAUUGAAUCUUAUUCGUUCUGUCAGGACCGUUAUGAGAGUGCCCUUGAUAAUUGUAAAUUCGGUGUGUAUCGUGUUACUACUGCUGUUUGGAUAACAGAAGAUCGGAUGGUACCCAUCGUCAACACAGAGCAAGAUUAAAUGGCAAACGAAAACAUGGACUUUUUUUAUACAUUUAUUGUAACUGUACACAGUUAUUUUGUUGUCGCUAUCAUAUGCCCCACUAUGGUAUCCUGAAAGACUCACAGCCAUUCUUGGAUUCUACAGAUGACGCUUUAAACCUCCUAAAUGAUUCAUAUCUUAGUGUAUCUAUGACAGUAAUUUCCUGGUAUUAUGUUAAGGCUUAUUGUUUACAAUUUUUGUGAAUAAAUGUACAGAUUGCUACUGGUUAAAAACUGUCACUGGGACAUUGGCAUUUCUGGUCAUGGACAACAUCCAGUAAAAUUCAGCACUGGGGCAUAAGCUGCAGGAGGCAGUGGUCAGGGGUUCAUUUUGCUCUCAGACAUUUCAUUCUAUGCUACGUCUCCCUUAUCACCUACAUUGUCAUCUGCAGCAAGACGCUGUUAGCUGAAUAGCCUUUGAGGCACUGUGGCACAGCUGUCAAAGUCUCAAACUGACAAGAUACUCAAACUGAUAUAAUCUAAAAAUCUUAAAGGUAAGAUUUAAGGGAACGUUUAGUAUGAUCGAGCAUAUUAUUUUGUGGUUGAAUCAUCAUUUGUUAAAGGAGAGUGCAAUUGUAAAUGAAUAUUCAGGAGGGGAUGAGUUUUUUAUGAUGAUUUCCAGAACUGCUGGCUCUGAUAUGCUGAUAGGCUCAACUUUUUAAAGAAUAGGUAUUCAAACAAAAUAUGGUUUAAUGUGUGACAGUGGAGCUACUUUGAAGUAGCAUGUACUGUCUUAAUCCAUUGUACUCAGUAUUUGCAUUUGAUUUUCUCCCUGAUUUUAAUAAACCGAAUAUUCUAGUUCUCCUUAUGUGACCUGAGCCCUGGGACCUGAUUAGUUUUAAUGUUAUAGCUAAUAUAAGUAUAUAAAGUUUUUUUUUAAAAUUGGUAUUGCAGCAUACAAUUCAUUAAUUUGUGGUUGAAGUUCAAUUCUGCAUUUUUGGCUUCAUGAAUAUAUGUACAUGGCCAGUGUGGUGACAGUUGCAGUAUCACAUUUUUAACUGCUGAAUUAAAGACAGUCACUAGGUCUAAUGAGUGGUCCUCUAAA